AACCGCUAGAGACAGACCACCCAGCCCCACCAAAGCAUCGACAACACGAUUGUAAGAUACUCCAUUCCGGUCGGUAAUGACAUCCAUCUUAAGGAGAAACUCGAGACAAGAAACUUCAACAAGAUGGUAUGUAACAAUUCUGAUUCUUAUUAUAGCUUUAGUACCUUCGAUAAUUAGCUGACAUAUUCUUAAUUGAAUCAUGAUAGUCUCAAUCAUUGCGACCUUACCUUCAAUGCGUACGAUCUUCCUUAACAGCGGCUCUAUGCCUCUCGAACUUCGCAUCGCAGACCUCCGAAAGGCACAAUGUGCCAGAGAUUGAAGCUAAAACUUCACCGGAAGUCCUCUUAAAUCCUUUGACUGUCGCACGAAACGAAAACGAAAGAGUUCUCAUUGAACCAAGUAUCAACAGUGUCCGAAUCAGUAUUAAGAUUAAACAAGCGGACGAAAUUGAGCACAUUCUUGUACACAAAUUUACCAGAUUCUUGACCCAAAGAGCGGAAGCGUUCUUUAUUCUUAGAAGAAAGCCGGUUAAGGUGGGUGUUGGACUUGGAUAUGUGAGGAGAGGAGGCUGAUAUAAUACCAGGGCUACGAUAUUUCGUUUUUGAUUACGAACUUCCAUACAGAGGAGAUGUUGAAGCAUAAGCUGGUGGAUUUCAUCAUACAAUUCAUGGAGGAAGUUGAUAAAGAAAUCUCGGAGAUGAAGCUAUUUGUGGGCUCUAUACUUUCUCCUCGAGGGGGUUCUAUCGCUAACAUGGGGAAAUAGUUGAAUGCUCGUGCAAGAUUCGUUGCGGAGUCGUUUUUAACACCUGUAAGUAUUCCUUGGAUAUUUAUAACAUAAGCUAAUGUUGUGCCUUUAGUUCGAUUAAGCUUGGAGCUGGGCUUCGGAGUAUACAAUGUUGUUAGUAGCAUAUUUGGGAUCAGCGGUGUGGUAUCCUGAUCGGGCGUUUCGGAGAAUAAAAGAUUUAUAAACAGGCUGUCAGAAAACCCACGUCUAAGAUGUUUCUAGGGUGGCAUUCAAUAUCCUAUGUUUUGCCAGUGUGAACGAAUAUAUGCCAGCACUGCGAAAACACAUACUCCCAGCUUGAGAGCUUCGUCUCAUGUCGCCCUUCUGU